AUGAAUCCAACAAUGCAAUGCACUUGUCCACAGUUCAUGAACUAUGUUCUCUUCAUUUUCCCCCAAUUUCACGCGUCUGAAUAUCGUUCUCACUCCCACUCUCGAAGCUGUGUGCCUGUGUUAAACCACCUCUCUCUCCUCCUCUUCGAUCUCUCGCUCCGCCUCUUCGAUCUCUCGUUCCGCCUCUUCGAUUUCACGGUUUGUGAAUCGAAACUACAAUCCGGUGUUCUCACUUUCACUCCAGCUUGCGUUGUCUCGCCUCUGGUUCAUCCUCUCGUGCCGCCGUCUUCUCGCCUGCACCGCCGUCUUCUCGCCGGUUCCAUCGUCUGCUCGUCCCACGGCCUGGUAUCCAUCAUAUUGUGGAUCAAAUAUAUGGCCCAGCAGUGCACUACCAGAACUCGAAGUGGGUUUUUUUAAUGGGUGUGUGGCUCCCUUUAAAUAUACAGCAGAGGUAUCUUCUUUGGAUAAUUUCUUAAUUUCUAAAUAGUAUUAAGUGGUGCUCAUUUUAUUUUAUUUAUCAAAUUAAGUGGUUGUUAUAAUUCAUUUGGUUCAAAACAAGGGU